GGCGCUUUACGGCUGUCGUGCUUCGCGUCUCGGCAAGCAUGGCGGCGGGGGAGUCGGAGAAGGAAGAAGCUGAGCUGGAGGCUUUAGAAGAGAAAGACCUGAAAUUAGAGGCGGAGGAGGAGCAGGAGGAAUCCGAAGAGGCGGCUGGCAGCGCCAAGAAGCGGGUGGUGCCUGGCAUUGUGUACCUGGGCCACAUCCCGCCCCGCUUUCGGCCUCUGCAUGUGCGGAACCUUCUCAGCGCCUACGGCGAGGUGGGGCGCGUCUUCUUCCAACCCGAGGGUGGGUUCGUUCGGCGGAAGAAGAAGGCAGCAGCAGCCUCGGCCACGGGAGGGAAAAAGCGGUCCAAGUACAGCAAGGACUACACAGAGGGCUGGGUGGAGUUCCGGGACAAGCGAGUAGCCAAGCGUGUGGCCGCCAGUCUGCACAACACCCCCAUGGGUGCCCGCAGGCGCAGCCCCUUCCGUUAUGACCUCUGGAACCUCAAGUACCUGCACCGUUUCACCUGGUCCCACCUCAGUGAGCAUCUUGCCUUUGAGCGCCAGGUGCGCAGGCAGCGCCUGAGAGCCGAGGUUGCCCAGGCUAAGCGUGAGACUGACUUCUAUCUUCGAAGUGUGGAGCGGGGGAAGCGCUUCCUUGCUGCUGAUGGGGAUGCUACCCGGCCGAAUGGCUCCUGGACCUUUGCCCAGCGACCUACUGAGCAGGAGCUGAGGGCCCGGAAGGCAGCUCGUCCAGGGGGUCGUGAACGGGCUCGUCUGGCAAAUGCUCAGGACCAGGCUCGCUCCAACCGAGGGCUCCUCGCCAGGAUCUUUGGCGCCCCACCGCCCUCAGAGAGCAUGGGGGACCCCGUGGUGGUCAAGGACUCUUGAGGGGCAGGGAGUCCCCUCCGUCUCCCAGCCCAGCCCAGCGUUCUGUCUAGCUGAUAAUGACUACUCAGGCAGACAGUUUGUUUCUCAGACCAGGAGUUUCUGGUGAGUGUCCAGAUGUAGUUUGGGCCUCUCCUCCCCUCUCCAACUAUUGCACAUGCCUGGCUGAAGCACCUAAUUCAUGCUAGUAGCAUGAUUAUGACAACUGCAGAUGCCUGUUUUGUCUCAUCUGACAACCCGUUGUCUAAUUUAGGAUUUACCAAGUCACUAUAUGAGGCUGUGAAUGACAGCACGUACCAACGCGUACUCCUUGGCAUUAGGAAUCGCAUAGGAAAGGGCAGAUAUUUAAGAAAUAAAUGUACAGAGGCAU